AUGCUUCAUUACUCAACUCUUCCUUCACGCCGCAAUCCUACUCCUCUUGGAGUCGCCUUUCCUGGUAGCCAUAGCUUCGGACACAAACACCCAAGCCCAUUCAAUUUCAACCGCUCCGGAAUUCCAUCUCAGCCACAAUCGUGCCCUUCUGAAGCAAUAAGGCCGGCCGAGACGGAGCCAGGCCACGAUGACGAUGGUGUAGAGUCUUGCAAGGGAUCCAAGCCAAACCCGACAGCCAUAGAUACAGAGGAAGAAGACAUUCUAGAAUUUGAUCCUGCCGAUUCUGAGACCUGGGGCAUCAAGUCUCUUCCAUACUGGCACCAGUCCGCCAUGCUGCCGGGCACGGGGAAAGGCGGUCUUCAUAAUACUCGAUAGUGGAAAGACAUCAAAUCGCCCG